CAAAACGGUUUUCUCCCUUCUCUCUCUCUCUCUCUCUCUCUCUCUCUCUCUCUCUCGCGCCUCUUCCACGCUGUUAAUCUUCACAUCCCUUCACCUUGAAAUGCCGCCCCCUUCUCUCUUUCUCAUAAGGAUUUCUCGUUACAGAGAAACCCAAUAGAGAAAAGAAACGGAGAAAAACCCGCCAUGGAAAGCCAGUCCAAGCUGACCAGAACCUCAUCAUCUCUUCUCAGAUCUCCAACCGUCCGAACAUCCGUCCACAGCCUCGCGGCUCUUGAUGAGGAGUCCCAGAAAAAAACCCACAAGCCCGAUUCCAGGAUCGGCGCCUUGAACCGCUUCUUACCGCUACUAGCGGUUGUCUUCCUGCCGGCCUUCUUCUUCUUCUACCUCAGAGAAGAAAUACCCACUUCAGCAAAUCUCUUUCUAGCUUCGGUUUUUCUUUCAGUAACUGCCUUUGCCGCUGCCAAGAAGGGUUUUUCCAUCAAGAACUCGUUGAUGCCAUCACGCGUUUUCAGGAAUUUCUGGGAAGAGCGGAGUCGGAAGAUGCGGUUACAGAAAGGCGGUUCUAUUCAAUGGUCGAUCGGCAGUGACGAUGUCAGGGGCUCUUUGAAGAAAGAGCGGAAGAAGAUUGUCCGAGAAGGGGUUGAAUUUUAUAGUAACGGGGAUUUCUACGAGGGAGAAUUUCACAAGGGGAGGAGUAAUGGGAGUGGGGUUUAUAACUACUUUGUGAACGGGCGGUAUGAGGGAGAUUGGGUUGAUGGGAGAUACGACGGUUAUGGGAUCGAGAGCUGGGCAAGGGGAAGUCGGUACCGCGGGCAAUAUCGGAAGGGACUUAGGCAUGGAUUUGGGGUUUAUCGGUUUUAUACAGGAGAUAGUUAUGCUGGGGAAUGGUUUAAUGGGCAGAGUCAUGGGGUUGGAGUGCAGACAUGUUCCGAUGGGAGCUCCUAUGUUGGGGAAUUCAAGUGCGGUGUCAAGCAUGGGUUCGGAUGCUACCAUUUCAGGAAUGGGGAUCGAUAUGCAGGGGAGUAUUUCAGUGAUAAGAUCCAUGGAUUUGGAGUCUAUCACUUUGCCAAUGGCCACUGUUACGAAGGGUCGUGGCAUGAAGGCCGAAAGCAGGGUUUUGGAAUGUACACUUUCCGGAAUGGUGAUGGCAGAUGUGGAGAGUGGGACUGCGGAGUUUUAAAGAACCCCCAACUGCCGUCGAGCAAUGCAGUCCUGCAUGCUGUUCAGUCAGCUAGAAAAGCAGCAGAGAAUGCUAUUCGGCUUCCUCGUGUAGAUGAGCGAGUAAACAAGGCGGUUAUGGCAUCGAAUCGGGCUGCGACUGCAGCUAGAGUUGCUGCAAUCAAAGCAGUCCAGAACCGAAUAGACGGGAAUCUUUGCGAAAUGGAUGUGUAAGAACAUGAAGGAUGGGAUUUUUGUGACAUGGGUGAUCUUCAGUUAUACUGUAAAUUGACUAAAUUGCAAGUACGAGAGAGCUAGCCAUAAACAGGAAAAGCAAAAGCUUGCCUGCUGUUUGUGGGAGAGUGAGAGAGAGGAGAGAGAAAGAGAAGCUGACAAACAAAGAUCUUGUAAUGUAGAUUAACAUAAUAGGUGCAAUAACUUCUGUAACAUGUAAAUAGAACCUAUAUGUAUAUUUAAUCAUAUGAUUUUCGAGAA